CACAUCCAAGAGGUUCUCGUGCUGCCUGGUGCGCCGUCGGCGGUGAGGUACGAGGCUGUGCAGCCUGUGCCUGUUGAGGGUGUGUAUAGUAAUGAGGCGCCGUGGCUGGUCGUCUACGAGAUGCCAGACAUUGAAUACCGCAGCUCUGACGCUUUCCUCAACCUCUCUGUGCGGAACCCGCCGCCCAAGGAACUCAUUGAUGAGAUUUACAUGAAUACACGCUUCGAUGUUAGGUUCUAUGAGGAAAAGCAAAAAAAAAGGGGGGGUAAUACUCACAUCAAAACAUCAGCUCCAGCAACUUUCGUAAUAUCCAGCGCCCUCCACCCAGCCUCAGACGCCGACUCGCUCACCUCAUUCGACUCAUGGUACCGCGAAGAAUACCUCCCCGCGCUCUCACGCAUCCCCGGCUUCGUGCGCUCACGC